AUGUCUCACGAAAUCGUCCCCGUGGAUGAUCCCAUCGAUGUCCCAAGCACGAGCUACUCAAGACCGAUUCUGGGUCGGGACGAUUCGCCGGAACGGCAUUUCACUCGAUCCCUCACUUUCCGGGAGCAUGUGUCGGAGCCAUUCGACAGCGAGAGGCUUCCGGCGACGUUAGCCUCCGAGAUUCAGAGGUUUCUUCGUAUAGCCAACUUGGUCGAGUCCGAGGAACCUCGUAUUGCUUAUCUAUGCCGUUUUCAUGCUUUCGAGAUAGCUCACCACAUGGACAGAAAUUCGACCGGAAGAGGUGUACGGCAGUUCAAAACUUCUCUUCUUCAAAGGCUUGAGCAGGAUGAAGAGUUUACUGUGAGAAGAAGAAAGGAGAAGAGUGAUGUUCGAGAACUCAAACGUGUUUAUCAUGCUUACAAGGAAUACAUUAUCAGACAUGGUGCAGCAUUCAAUCUGGAUAACAGUCAGCGAGAGAAGUUGAUUAACGCACGAAGAAUUGCUUCUGUCUUGUAUGAAGUUCUAAAAACAGUCACAAGUGGCGCUGGCCCUCAGGCCAUUGCGGAUAGAGAUAGUAUUCGGUCAAAAUCUGAGUUCUAUGUGCCAUAUAACAUUCUUCCUCUUGACAGAGGAGGUGUACACCAAGCAAUUAUGCAUCUCCCUGAGAUUAAAGCUGCUGUUGCAAUUGUACGUAACACUCGCGGGUUGCCUCCUCCAGAGGAGUUUCAGAGACACCAGCCUUUUGUGGAUUUAUUUGAGUUUCUGCAGUAUGCAUUUGGAUUCCAGAAUGGAAAUGUGUCUAAUCAGAGAGAGCAUAUGAUCCUACUACUCAGUAACACCAUUAUACGACAACCUCAGAAACAGUCUUCAGCACCAAAGUCUGGUGAUGAGGCAGUAGAUGCAUUGAUGAAGAAGUUUUUUAAGAACUACACAAACUGGUGCAAGUUUCUUGGGAGAAAAAACAACAUCAGGUUGCCCUAUGUGAAACAGGAAGCUCUACAAUAUAAAACACUCUAUAUAGGACUCUACCUUCUCAUUUGGGGAGAAGCUUCGAAUUUGAGGUUUAUGCCAGAGUGCCUGUGUUAUAUCUUCCAUCAAAUGGCUUAUGAGUUACAUGGAGUUUUGACCGGUGGCGUUAGUAUGAUAACUGGGGAGAAGGUCGAGCCAGCAUAUGGUGGAGGAAACGAAUCUUUCCUUGAGAAUGUAGUUACCCCAAUAUACAGGGUUAUCCAGAAGGAAGCUGAGAAGAACAAGAAUGGGACUGCUGAUCAUUCUAUGUGGAGAAACUACGAUGAUCUGAACGAGUACUUCUGGUCUCUUGAAUGUUUCGAAAUAGGUUGGCCAAUGCGUCUGGACCACGAUUUCUUCUGUGUAGACUCGUUAGAUACCAGUAAACCAGGGAGAUGGCGAGGAAUGCUUAGAUUUCGGAAGAAGACAAAGAAAACGGAUGAAGAAAUGGAGGAUGAUGAAGAACUUGGGGCUCUCAGUGAGGAACAAACUAAACCAACACCAAAAUGGCUGGGGAAGACAAAUUUUGUAGAGAUUCGUUCCUUCUGGCAGAUAUUCCGGAGCUUUGACAGAAUGUGGAGUUUCUUUCUUUUGUCUCUACAGGCAUUGAUAAUUAUGGCUUGUCAUGAUGUGGAAUCUCCACUCCAAAUGUUUAACGCCAAUAUAUUUGAAGACGUCAUGAGCAUUUUCAUUACUUCUUCAAUUUUAAAGCUUAUAAAAGGUAUUCUUGACAUAAUCUUCAAGUGGAAAGCCAGAAACACAAUGCCGAUCAGUGAAAAGAAGAAGCAGAUGGUGAAGUUGGGUUUAGCUGCGAUAUGGACUAUUAUUCUGCCAGUCCUGUAUUCUCAUUCAAGAAGGAAAUACAUUUGUUACUUCACAAACUACAAAACCUGGCUUGGCGAAUGGUGUUUUUCUCCGUACAUGGUGGCAGUCACAAUAUACCUCACAGGAA